AUGAUGAUGAUGCACCGUGUGAUGUGUGUGUUGGCCGUUGUGCUGUGCUGCGCCUGCGUGUGUAUUGUGACAGGUGGAGUGGCAGCCGGUGUGACUGAUGUUCCUAAAGCGGAACCAACGUUAAUUACUUCAAAUGAGGUGUUGGAAGUUCCUAUUAUUUCAGAGUUUCCUUAUAUUACAAGAGAUAAACGUGAAAGAGCUGAAAAGUACGUGGAGUGUAAGAAGGAGAAUUCUACACUUGACGAGGAAACUUGUAAGAAGAUUGGAGUCGUUCGGACUGCUGAACCGUCACCACCGGCUCCCGAGAGAACUCAUGAGGCAAGCGGUCAGUCCGUUGGAGGAAGUGGUCUGGGUGUAGGGACUGAUCGUCGAACCGAAGUUUCAACAGAAGGCAUACCAGAAGAUGCUAGUGGUAUUGGUGAGGUGCAACAGCGAAAUCCCGUCUUGGGAAACAACUCAAAAAAUGACGUUGAAGGUACACAGACCGUUACAAGUGCGACUACAUCACAAAACCAAUCUCAAGACUCCAAUGCAUCUACACAAAAUGAUCGUGGAGCGACGAGCAACACAGCUGAUAACACCACAUCUGGCGAUAAUAGUUCUACCCAGCAAUCUCCUGCAAAUGUUGAUGCGACUGCCCCAUCAGACUCACAAGAAACCAGUACUACUACUCCGCCGAGCACCGAGAACACUGCUACAGAAGCACCAACCACCACUCCAUCUCCUGUACCCAACGCAGAGAUCAACUCUAUUGCCUCCACAGUGCAGAAGAAUAAGGCUAAUGCUGACAGCAGUAUCAAUCCUCUGUGGAUGCACACUCCAGCACCGCUGAUGAUUGUGGUUGUGUUGUUCUCUUUUACUGUGUGCUGA